AUGCCGGUCAUCAGCAAUGCUGGCAGGGCAGGUGGAGUGGUGCUUUUCUUGGACGACACGGAGGUGGCCCCGUGGCUGCUGGUUCCCUUACCACCAGGUGUGCGCUGUGUAAUGGCUCCACGCACUGACACGCCAGCGCCACGGGGCUUCGCAUGCUUGCGCUUGGAAGGCUUAAAGGGCCCUGCGGCGGAGGAGCUGCAAGAACGCCUGGGCUGCCGUGUGGAUGGCCCUGUGAACCCACUGGAGUUGCACUUGGCUGCGCAGCUGUCGAGAAGGAACCUCGACCAGUGUGAUUUGAAGGAGCUGAUUGCGGCCACGGUGUCGACUCUCAAAGAUGCGGUGGGCGAAUCUGUGAGGGAAGCACUUUGUGCCAUCGCAUGCAGCCGCGUGGGCUUGCAUGAUGAGGACGGCCCGCGCGAGCAGGAGGGCUUUGGGCAGCUCCGUUGUGUGGACGGAUCGUUUCUGCAAAGCUACGACGACUUCGAACGCUUGCGUGAGAGGUCAGAUGAGCCUUUGCUGAUCAGGCAAGCUGCCUUCACCUUCGAGGCCUCAAGGUUUUCCUUGGACCACUUGGCGGAAGAGUUGAAAGACCUGACUCUGCCACAAAAGUCCCUGUCCGCGAAGCAGGGCGGGAACACCUCGCAGUGCACGCUGCUGGUGGCCGACCAAGGUGGAGAUGCUGUGAUGUCUGCGAAGCCCCACCUUUGGAACCCUCAAGGUUGCUCCUUUCGCACCCUAGCGGAGAAGAUCCGACAUGGACUCUACCUGACGACUCGAUCAGGCAAAGCACGGGUCCGGCGUGUGGACGAAGAGCUUUUCUACGACAAAGUGGAGGAUCCAGACGGGAAGGAUGUGUUAGUUGAAGCCUUCGUGGCCAGGGUUCCAGUUCCGCUGCUGCUGCCCAAAGACCUGGGCUGCCAGGUGGCUUUCUGGAUGGGAACGACGGGAAAUAACUUUGGCUUGCACAGCGACCUUUUCACUGAACAAUUUCUUUGCCAGCACCAGGGCGUGAAGGAAGUCCUUCUACUCCUGCCGGAGGAUGCAGCGAUCGUCCAGCCGUUUCCCUUUCUGGAAAGCCCGCUGUUCUACAAGUCACGAGCACGCACGGUGGACAACUUGACGCUUUCGAACGCAAAGUGUUUCCGCGUUGUGUUGGAGCCUGGUGACGUGCUCUUCAUCCCCUUGUUUUGGUGGCACGAGGUGCGUACCUUACAAGGCCCAGCGGUCUCCACCACCUACCGCUUCCACACUGAGGAUGCGGAGCGCUUUCUGAAGGUCAUGAAUGCCUUUUACCAGUUCCACAAGAAUGCCUUGGAGUGCGCGGUCUUUUCGGAGGUUCCUUCUUCGUUGAUGCUUUGGUGGAGCGACCAAGUCCCAGAGGUGUUUCUCGAGCCUGGUGCUCCCUCUGUGCCGUGGGUGUCCUCGGCUUCCUGCUGGGCUUUGGUGUGGCACGUCGUGCGCGGUGAGAGGGCACCUGGAGGGCUUCACGCCUGGUCAGUGAUCGUGAAUGGCCUAGCACCUUUGCUGGUGCGUGAAGACACAGGCUGCUUCAAGCUGAAGCCCUUGCUGCUUCAAGCUGUCGAGCCUUCGAGCGGGCGAGCGUUGUGGCACCAGAGGCUGGCGAACUUCUUCCACGCACUGCCAGAGCCAAAGCGUCGUGUGGAGGCCUGUUAUCACUUUUGGCGCCUGAACGACACCAGCAGCUUGUUGCGAUGCAUCACCGAGUGGACCAUGUUCGAGACCUUGGAGCGCGCUCAUCGCCCCGCGCUCCUGGACUAUUGCCGUGCGAUAGGAGGCUACGCCACCAUGCGGCGAGCGCUCAGCAAGGCUGACACGGCAAGCCUCCAUCAGCGCAUUGUCAUUGGCAGAUUCUUCAGUCACGUGGGAGAGUUUGCCGCGGCCAAGGAGGCGCUGCUACAAGCCAAGCCGGAGGCAGCAGCCAGCGAAAACCCAGCAGAUUUGGGCCAGGUGUGUACCUUGAUUGCCGAGAAUGAGAUCCGCUACUGGGACUCCUUGCGGAACUGGGGCUCUCCUGGCGCCUUAAAGGACCUCAUGGAGUGCUCCAGAACUGCCGUGGACAUCUUCCGUCGUGAGCUGGAGCGGUGUGACCGCAUGAGCACGCGGGUGGAGUAUGCUCAGGCGUUGAGCAGAUGGGCCAACGGAUGCUUCAAGAUCUCGUGCGUCAUCAACAUGGUGAUGGCCUACAGCUUUUUGAGCAAAGCAGACGAAGCAAUCCAAGAGGUGGAGGAUCUCUUCAAGGGCUGUCCUCCUUCCAAAGUCCUGGGUCGAGCUGUUCUAGUUCGAGGUGUUUCCAAACUGGUACUUGGCCACAAUCGUCAGCGCUAUCGUCUUCCACAUCGAGACAUCCUGGUUGAGGCAGCCCACCUCCUGAUGAGGGCAGAAGAGAUUCUGGUGCACGCUGCUGGCGAGGUGAAUGAAGGAUCCAUCUACACGCAUGGGAACCUGAGCGAGUUGUACUUGCACGAUGUGGGCCAUGUGCCAGAGCGGGACAGUGUUGGACAGAACGAAAGUGUUAUUUUUUGAGUUGUGUUUUAAUGCGUUUUCAUUUUUUCAUGGGAGAAUUCCAAACACCAGGAUCGCAAGAACACUGAGAUCUUGGUGCUUGUUGUGAGGGUGGGGACAUCCCCCAAUACAGUUUUUGUCGGGUGGGCAUGCCUUGAACUUGGACUUGACGUGGAGAGGGGUGAGGCUGAAAGAGCGGCCAAGAGGUUGAGCGCGAAACACAGAUAGAUAAUUGAAUACCCUAGCUUCUACCCCUUUAUUUGGGCUCCUAUAUACCACACUGGUGGAUAGGAAGUGGAAUAGAUUUGCAGACAUACCAUAUCACCUUUUUCAUGUCCACGGGUACAUCACAUUCGGGUCUCGGGAGACACUAAAGGAUCAUGUCACAAUGCCACCAGAUGACUUCACCAUCUGAACAAGCACGGAGGAGUGAGGGUGCCCUGCACGCCUGCACGCCAUGUCUGUGAGUCUGCAUGAGUCUGCAUGAGAUUCCUCGAUCCCAUUCCGCCCCUUGAGGUACCUUUGGCGCUGCUGCACAACACCAAGAGUUGCCUCGUUGGAUUAAAGCUUUGGGGCACCUCAACAGCAGGGAAUGCCAAGGUUCGACCGUGCGAAGGUGGGCUUCCAUUCGACAUGAUAUUCGGGCCUUGGGCAUCAACCCACCAAGGCCGUUCGAAGGUCAGGCCUUGCUUUUGUGAUGUUGACCUAUCCUUUUUCCUGCGCUUAGUUGUAUUUGGUUCUAUUGUUUCCAGAGUUUUGGACACCCCAAACCCAGACACAUUCCAAGACAAACGACUUUUUCUUGUUUUGUGUUUUGCUUAUAGUUGCCAAUUCUUGGAAUCUUGUCUUUUGAAAUGCAAGAUAGAAUCGCAAACGCGACGUAUCCAGGAACGAAAGGGCAGAUCAAGUACUUUGAGCCGAAAGCAACAUGUACACAAUACGCAACAACGAGCCGAUGAAGGGGCCUAUUGCAAUAGCAAAAUUGUUUUUGCUCCGAGCCAAAUCGAAGCACCUGUAGGCCAGUGUGCUACUAUAUAUUAUGGACUGCGCUCAAAAAGGCCUACUCAAAAACAUAGAUAUAUAAACGUAAACUUUAAGUUUGGAGAUGUGUUGUUAAGUCUUCGUUUAGAAGCGGGCCCCCAGCAGACUAUGGUGAUACAGCAAGGCAGUGCUAGACUGGCGCUAGGUUGGCGCUAGAUUUCUUCAUAACAGGAUAAGCAAGCAGGA